GAUAAUUCUUAAAUUAAUUUUAAUGAAUGUCCUGAUGAUACUUGAUCGCUAACUUAUCAAGAACAUUAACUUGACAAUUUUAUAGAUAUUCUAUUUGAAAUCUCUUUCAAGCAAUCUGAUGAAGUUUUAGACAAGACUAUGUUUUCAUCUUCGGAUGAGUUCAAAUGUGGACUUUGUCAAUUAGCUUAUAAAAACUUCUUUAAUUUUUUGGAACAUAAAAUUCAAUAUUGUGACUCUGAAAGUUGGAUCCAGUGCUCAUUUUGCUGUGAUGUUAAACAAUUUUAUAACAAGUCCACACUUUGUAAUCACUUAUAUGAAAAGCACUUAAUGAAAUUGAAUCAGCCCUUUGAAACAGACAGAGCUGGGAUGAAAAGCUGUGAUGCUGUUACAAAGGUAGUGCCUCCGGUUAAUAAAGAAGCACCAGACUUGACAUCAGCACAAAUGGAUGUUGGCAAUCCAGAUAAGUUGUUCAUUGAAAGGAACCCCUUAUCCAAAGUAGCAACUUGCAGCUAUUUAAGUAAUAAUGAUAUGUACAUUUUCAAGAACAGUAAUGAGCCAGUGCAGAGCUCUUCUGACAGCCAGCUGACCUCUCAUCUCCCUAGAAUAUCUGAUAAUAAAACAAGUUUAAAUCAUUUUAAUGACACAAAUAAUGAUUCGGUAACUGACAUAAAAAAUGUUUCUCCUGAGCUCAGUCAAAAAGUUGAUAAUCACUCUUAUAAACCUGAGGCUAAUCAUUUGUCAGAUAAUGUGUCAGUUGAUAGUAUUUAUGAAUCAUCUAAUACUGGUAACCUUGCUUUAGGAAAUUCAGCAGAGGAAAAACUUACCCAAACAACAGCCACUUUCAUUCACCCAGUAAGGUCUUCAUUUGGCUCCUUUGUGACAGGGGAUACUUCAUCUCCAUCACCAGCAGAAAAGCUUAUUCAAAGCAGUUUCACUUUAAGUGACAAAUUAGUUUUUCAAGAAAAUGGAAAUGGUACUGGAAUUCUGCUGCCGCUUCCAUUGGACUUAAGCUCUACCCACAGUCUUUGCCAGGCUUUGAACCUAAGCUUGAGAUCUGCUUCAGACCAGCUGGGGGACGUAAGCAAACCAUCUCAUGCACAGGGCCUUGUUAUCACCAACAGCAAAUCAAUAAGUCAGUCUUCUUUAGAAGAAAACUGUCAGAAUGAAAGAAAGGUGAAAGAAGAUGCUGAUAUUAACACUCUCUCUACACUGGCUGAUAAAAUAUGUGAUCAAACGCUUCAAGAUACCUCGCCAACAGUCAGCUCAAAACCCUUUGACUCUAGCAUGGCACAGAAUCUUGUUGUGAAUUCUUCGGCUUCAGAAGAGGACACAGAAUCUCUUUCUCAUGAUUUCUAUUUUCUGCUUGGAAACAUGGACAUCAAAGGUAGCUCACUGACUUAUCAGAGGACUGAGUUUCGAUGUCUUCAUUGCAGUUUCUCCACUGCUUGGCGCCCAUCUCUAGUAAAACACAUGAAGCAGGCUCACAAAGACAAUAUAGAAAUACAUUCCAUUUUGGAUAUACGAAACCUUGAUCCGCUUAAAAAUACUUCAGCCACAGAAGGGGAUAAGAAAUGGAAAGUCAUCAAAAUGUCGCAGUAUUUGUUGGGCAAUCAAAAAUUAAAACCCCAGAAGCACAGAGUGAGAAAGAUGGAGCGCCAGGAUGUCCCAGGUAAAUAUCACUGUCCACUUUGCCAUAAAGUGUUUGGCAGGCUGCGCUACAUGCGGCGGCAUCAGUCCACACACCGAACUGAGCGCACUCAUCUUUGUGAUAACUGUGGGAAGUCUUUCAAAACCAAAGCCAUCCUUGUUGCCCAUCGGCGCAGCCACAAAUCUAGGAGUUACCACUGCCCCCAAUGCCCCUUUACCUCAAGUAGCAGCCCAGCUAUUCACAUUCACCGUCAGCUACAUCCCAAUGGCUCUGUCAUUUGUGAAGUUUGCGGCAAUGCGUAUAUCGACAAGUCAACAUUGAACAAGCAUAUGAAGGUUCAUGAUGUCAGCCGCCCUUUCCCCUGCACACACCCAGGGUGUACGUGGCGGUUUAAAACUGAAGUCAUGAAAAAGGCUCAUGUUCGAAGUCAUACUACAGUAGGGAAAUUUUCUUGCUCCUACUGUGGGUAUAUAUUUAGACAGAAGCACCACCUUCAAAGACACAUAGCCAAGCUGCAUCAUGAGCAGCAGGCCAAAAAUACAGCUACGACUUCUCAAGAGUUAAUGUCCUCUCAUGUCCUUACCUUGACCCAGUCAAUACCAGCAUCCUCAUUUAUAACUCAGAAUCUUCCAGUAGGUCAAAAUUUACUUCUAGAAUCAGCAGGUCACCAUGACAUUAUGAAAAACCCAGUAGGAAUCCAGGGCCCCCUUACUCCCCCAUGUGGUCUUAUUGCCCAUAGUGAAAUGUUCUCUCCAUCAGCUAACAUUAUUUGCCCUAUAAGCGACGCAUCUUUCAGCUCUGGGUAUGCUGACUCUGAGCACGCCAUGAUUGAGGUGCUUGUUGAAGACAAACAUGGCAGAGGGUCAGAACUGGGUUUGGAAGAGGAAAAGGUGAUGAAGCAAGGUAUCACUUCUAAUAGCCUGACCAAUUUAGAAUACAUCACCGAAACAGGGGAGAUAGUCCAUCUCUUAUCUGCUGGCCAAACCUAUGUGGCCAGGGAUCAAUAUGGCAAUCUGGUGCACUACAAGCUUUCAGAGAGCCAUGGAGACUCAGAACAAAUAUAUCUAAUUAAUGUCAAUAACACGACAGUAAUGGCGGACACUUCUGAGCUGCCAACUACAGAUGGCUGAUGCUAGAAACAACUAUAUAUCUCAUUCAAAUUGAUCACUGUGAUUUACUUAUAAAUAAAAAUCCUAACCCACCUUUAAAACAACUCAUAGCUACAUUAUUAAAGUAAAAUAUAAGGUUUGGGUGCCUCCUGAAAAAACAUGUAGAUACAGUCCAGACUUGUCUAUAUUAACAGUGAAAGUGCAUGAAUUGUGUGACAUGGUUUUAAAACAUCUUAAUGACUUGAGUAACAUGCCAUUCAUGUGAUUCAAUCAAAAUGAACUUAAGAAAACACCAAGCUUGUUGUAUUUUAAGACUGCCAGUGUUGAAACAAUGGACAUGAGAAGGGUCUUUUUGUUGUUGCAGGACCAUGACUUUUUCUCUAUCCAAGUUGUCAAGUACUACAGUAAAUUGAUAUCUACAAAUUUGAUAACUUAGUUGUAAUGUAGUCUAUUUUAUCGCCCCUUACAUUACAUACUGAGGAGAGUAUGAGCACAUUCACUUAAAACAAAAUACUAUUGUGCCAUUAUCCAUUUCCCAUGUACACAGACCAUUACAAAAAUAUCAUUUCAGCUCUAUAUAAUAUGUAGGGCAUGAUGGCUGAGUUGUAGAGCAUGUGGCUUCCAAACCGUGGCUCCAAAGUUCAAAUCCUGGUAAAGACUACAAUUUGAAUUCUGCAAUUUUUAACUCCUCUUAACUCUAUUGGGUACCUGAUGUAACUUGGUAAAGGCAGCCAUAAUAUUCAAGUUAACCAUCAGCCAUAGAAACAGAUCAGCUUUACAUUAUCUCUCCCAUGGAUUGCAAGAUCUGAAAGCUGAAUUUCUCCAGCCAUUUCAAAAUCAACUUUUACUCACUAAACUCCUUGUCAUUUAAUAAAUGCUCAUAUGUACUUCAUUGAAUAAUAUCUAGAAGGUCAAUGACUUAAGAACCUUACCUAGUCUAGCAGUCUGAUUGGUUUCAGCUGAAUCAGUUUUACCUGUUUGGAAUGAUUUGCCUGUUUGUAACAAAAGUUUGAUGAGUAGACAAAUUAUUUAUUAAAUAAUGGUUCAAAAGUAGAUGUAUUUUGUUUAUUAUUCAUCAUUUUUUAUUGAUCACAUGAAAUUAAUGUAGAAUAGUAAUGAAAAAUAAACUAUUAAGUUAAUGAUAUAAAGAAA